AUGGAGAAGAAGCGACGCGCGCGCAUCAACGUGUCGCUGGAGCAGCUCAAGUCGCUGCUGGAGAAACACUACUCGCACCAGAUCCGGAAACGCAAGCUGGAGAAGGCCGACAUCCUGGAGCUGAGCGUCACCUACAUGAAAAGCCUUCAGAACUCGCUGCAAGGGCUCUGGCCGGUACCCAGCGGACCUGAGUACCCGUCGGGUUUCCGCGGCUGCCUGCCCGGCGUGAGCCAGCUCCUUCGACGAGGAGAGGAGGGCGGCGGCGGCCUGCGCUGCCCCCUGGUGCCCGAGAGCGCGUGUGACAGCACCAUGGACAGCGCCGGGCCUGCCCGGGAGGCGCCUGAGCUGCGCGGGUCCUGCGUCCCCACCGUCUGGGCUCCUGCUCCGGCCGCCGGCAGCCCGCGAUCCCCUCCACCUCGGCUCUUCCUCCUCGGAGGUCUCCCCGGCUCGUCCACCAGCGUCCCCGCGCCGCAGCCAGCGUCGGGACGCCGCGCCGAGAGCCCCGGGCCGGGUCUGCGCGUGUGGCGACCCUGGUGA